GCUUCUUUGUCCAUUUUGCCUGACUAGGUAGCUCCGAGAGCACAAAUCGACAAUCCCACCUGGUGGCCAUCAUGGCUGCAAUUGUAAAGUAGGUACCCGAAUCGAUCAGGGAGACUUUCUUGGGCGGCAGGUGGCGGCAACUUCAAGUGGGUGCAUAGAAAAUUGAGGAUAAGUGUAUUGUAGCUUGAAGUCUCGGUCCUUCUGCUUGAAUCGAUAUUGGAAAUAGGUGCCCCCUAAUACAUUUGUUGCCUGCCAAUAUUGCAAACUUCCGCUUACGUGCUGGCCCGCGACAAUUCCAACCGCUCUUUCCAAUUUACUUCAACUGGCAUGCCGCAUUGCAAUCAUGAUGCUUCGUAAUCAGCUUACCACCACCUUGCUCAUCCUUAGUAGCUUUCUCCUUAUAAACCAAUCGGUACUUUGUACUGAAAAUACAAGCAGACAUAGUUUAGCCCCAUUGGACGGCUACUUGAAAGAAGCACGCCAACAGGAUGUGGCAUCAUGGAUCACAGGCAUCCGGCGGGAGCUGCAUCAGUACCCGGAGCUUAUGUACGAGGAAGUGCAAACGAGCGCCCUCAUCCGCAAGACCCUCGACUCGCUGGGCAUCAAAUACAAGUACCCCCUCGGAAAGACGGGCGUCGCCGCAACAUUAGGAACUGCAAAUGGACCCCACGUCGCGCUGCGAGCCGACAUGGACGCUCUCCCGAUCGCCGAGGCUGUCGAGUCUGAGUUCAAGAGCAAGAACGAAGGGAAGAUGCACGCGUGCGGUCAUGACGGGCAUACGUCCAUGCUGUUAGGGGCGGCUCGGAUGCUCAAAGCCAGGGAGAAGGAGCUCAAAGGCAAGGUAACUCUGGUUUUCCAACCGGCCGAGGAGGGCGGCGCGGGGGCCCGCCUGAUGAUGGACGAGGGCCUCUUCGCAGAUGACAAACCGGACUUCGUUUUUGGGUUACACGUUGACCCCUCGCUUGAAACCGGGCGGGUUUCGUUAACACCCGGAACAGUGCUCGCAAGCUCAGGGGCGUUCAUUGCCAAGAUAAGCGCGAGUGGGAGCCACGCGGCCUUCCCACACCUGACGGCAGACACGAUCGUCACAGCUUCGGCAGUAGUUGGAAGCCUGCAGACCCUGAUUGCCCGGAAGCUGGAUCCCCUCGAAGCGGGCGUCGUGUCCGUGACGAUGAUUCACGGAGGGACGGCGCUCAACGUGCUGCCUCCGGAGGUCGAGAUUGGCGGAACGUUCCGUUCGCUAACAAUGGAAGGGCACCACAAGCUGCAGCAGUGGAUCGAGCACACCAUCACUCAGCAGGCCGCCGUGCACGGGUGCAACAGCUCGGUCGACUUCCUGGAGGACCGCCACCCGUCAUACCCCCCCACCGUGAACGACGCUGCCGCCACGGCAUAUGCACGCAGCAUAUUGGAGCAGGUCGUGGGGGCAGAAAAUGCACUACCAGGCACCCCCUGGAUGGGCGCGGAAGACUUUGGCUUCUUCACGCAGCGCUUCCCGUCGUGCUUCUUCAUGCUGGGGGUCAAAAAGCCGGGGACGGACAGCGCAGCAAAGCUGCACACCGGAACGUUUGGUCUCGACGAAGAUGCGCUUCCAAUCGGUGCAGCGCUUCACACGGCGCUCGCAGAGCAAUACCUCAAGUCGGAGACCGAGCGCCGAACAUCCGACAAAAGAGAAGAACUGUAGGUCACAUUUGGGAUCACCAAUAGCACACCGCAGACGGCUUGGACGAAAUUGUAGAUAUACAACAGCGCUGUAUUGUCAUCAGCCAAUUCUCGCGACUCCGUUCCGUGUAGAUAUGAAUCUGCUGAAAGGAUGCGCUUUCAUUCGGUUGAGGUGUGAGGUUUGGCAAGGGGUUGCCGAGGUGUUUGAUUGAAGUGAACUGCUGGCGUCCGGAGCUUGCGCUCAAUGAAGUACAUUGGAAUGGGGUCACGUUUUGUUCGGUUUGGGAAGCUACAAUCAAGCAGCGAGACAGGGCCCUGACUUCGAAUGGCUGAAACGUGAAUGUAGAUUUGACAUAUGCAUGUAGACUCAGACGCGGUUGCAACACUCGACUGUUUGUUACUAUCAUUGCUCGGUACGUGCCGCGGG